UAGGGUUGAGAGUAUAAAUGAACCCAGGUAGACCUAAAUUUAGAAAAAUAAUCACAGACUUAUCUCGUAAUGGGAGUGGGUGCUAAAAAGUUCAGAGAAUAGCUUUUGAUAUGGAGGGUGGCCCCAGUGAAAGUUCCCCUGGGGCGGGGGCAGCAGGAUCACUGGGGGAGUGGUAUCUCAGCCCAAGCGACUCAGACAGUGCAAAACCUCCUACAAAACGUGCCAAGGGGCGUUCAAAGGUCUGGGAAAAGGUGGCGUGGUUUACAAGAAAAGCCAAGGGCAGUCGGGAGACUCAGUCCGAGGAUGGAGCCAUGCCAGAGGGAGGCUGCCUAACGGAUGACCCCAUGGAUGUUGACCUUUCACCCCUACAUUCAGCAGACGAUAUUUUAGGGCUGAGCAAUGGAUCCCAUGCUGGAUGGAUGGAAAGCAGCUCGUCCAGCGAUGAAUUCUUUGAGUUUGGUGAGCAAAGUGGAGUGCGUAAGUCACAGCUCUAUCCAAACAGUGAGAUUGACGAACAGAGCUGCUUGAAGCCGAGCGUCGCAAGGGCAUUGUUUCACCAGUUAGAGGCUUCAAAGAUGAACAGCAAGCCCUCCAAGUUUGUCCGGUCCAGGAAGAAAAAGGCAUUGUCCAUCUCCAAAAGUCUUGAUACUGAAAGACUGAAUCCAGAAUCAGCCCUGAGUGAAAACCCCAGUCUACCUUUGAGUUUCUCCGUGCCCUCUGACCUACUGUGUGUAUGUGACCAGAAAUCUAACAUAUCAUGUCCCCACAGGGCAAUCAACCAAACAAAGGUCAGAGGUCAUGUCAGAGGUCAUGUCAAAGGUCAUCUGGCUCUGGCUGAACCAGGCAUUGCAGCCCACAGUGAUAGUAGUGGCUUCUUGCCAACCAGAGGCAGUAGAGACCUUAAUGCUGCCGCUGCUACCACUAGUGCUGAGCAUACUGAACACCUACUCAUUCCUCCAUCUCUUUCUCAAGUUGGCAGGCGCUCUUCCUUUGAUGGACUCCUCACUAUGCAUAUCAGAACUCCGUCAGUGUCACCUGAGUUGUCCUCGUUAAAGUACAGCAGCUUACCCAACUACUCCAGUAGUCGGGGAUGGGCGCGGCUCCCCGGGGGGAAAUCUCACCUUGGAAUUUGUGAUAACCUGUACCACAUGGCCAGCCAAGCUGGGCCCAGUGUUUGUAACUGCCAAGUACAGGACGACGAGGCAGAGACAGAGGAUUUGACCAGGAGUAUCAGUGGUGGCAGUUUUAACAAUGACAGUAGCAGUAACAAUGAUAGCAGCAGUUACAUUAUCGAUAAUAACAGUAUUGACAGGGACAGGGCAGGCCUACUUAAGACAAAGGCAGAAGUGGGACCACUCGAGUUUAAAAAGAGGAAAGAUACAAUCAGUGUGUGGUUUGCAGAAUUCAGCGAUGAACAAAAGAACAUAAUGUUAAAAGAUAUUUUGGAAUCCUGUGGAUUGCCCCAGAUGCAUUUACUCUCAGUGAAAGUAGGACCAAAACUCCACGCUGGCUGUCCAGCCAACUGUCAGGAUGUCUUGUCAUGGUUGCCGUCUAACCUAGCGCUCUAUGUUAUGUCUUUUUUAGACCCAGAGACCCUGUGCCAAGCCUCUAAAGUGUGCAGGAAGUGGUAUAUGCUGUCUAGUGAACUGUGUCUCUGGAGGCACUUCUGCAGCCUGCCCCAGUGGAGACUCUCCACAACUGGAGAGCAGAAACAGCUUAUCAAUAAUAUCCUGCCAGAUGGCACAGUUCAUUGGAAGAAAGUUUUUGCAGAAAGAUAUCGUCUGAGGAAUAACUGGCUCAAAGGUCGCUGUCAUGUACGGACAUUUGAAGGACACACACAAGGCAUAUCAUGUGUUCAAUUUGAUGACACUCGAAUAGUGAGUGGAUCUUCAGAUAAAACAGUCAAGGUGUGGAACAUCAGGACCAACACCCCUUGGUCAGUUCAGACAUUGGUGGGUCACUCUGGCACUGUCCGCUGUCUACAUCUGGAUGGGAACAGACUGGUCAGUGGGUCAACUGAUAGAACUAUUAAGGUUUGGGAUUUGUCCACGCAGCAGAGCUGGUCCAGUAUUGCCUGUAAGGUGACCAUGAUAGGACACACAGACACCGUCAGGUGUUUACAGGUGGAUGACGAGAAGGUGAUAAGUGGGUCAUAUGACAAAACUCUAAAGAUCUGGGACAUCAAGACUGGACAGUGCAGGCGGACACUCAGAGGCCAUGAUGCUGCUGUGCUGUGUGCACAGUUUGACAAUAGGAAGAUUGUCUCUGGUUCUGCAGACAAAACUAUCAAGAUCUGGACCUUUGACGGCAGCUGUCAGAUGACCUUGGAAGGUCACCAGGACGCCGUGACCUGUCUGCAGUUUGACAGUAACCGUAUCAUCAGCGGCUCACUGGACUGUAACCUCAUGUUCUGGGAUAUGACCAGUGGUCAGUGUGUUAAAACCAUCGACUGGAAGGCGGCCGAGGGGCACACCAGGGUGGUCAGGUGUCUGCAGGCGGACUCCUGGCGACUGGUCAGUGCCUCUGAUGACAGGACACUGAAGGUGUGGAAUCUAGAAACUGGCAAGAGACUAGUGACUUUGAGGCACCACACAGAUGGUGUGACGUGUCUUCAGUUUAAUGACAGUGUCAUAGUGUCAGGGUCCUAUGACAAAACAGUGAAACUAUGGGACUUCAGCUGUGUAUGACACCAGAACAGAGGGAGUGUUUCACACUAUAGAAAAACAAAUGUGCUUCAACUCAGAGAGUUCAUUUAUACAUGUGGCACAAAAUUACAGUUUUUUUUUUUUUUUUUGUUAAAGCUGAAUGCUGUGCAUUGCAGCUGAAAAGCAGGGUAUUAUAUAAAAAAAAAAAGAACACAGGUUAAUGGCAGAUUCACCAUUUUCUCCUCCCAGGUAUGAUAUAAGCUCACCAAGCCCAAAGUGGAAGAUAUAGUGCAGUUGCCUUCAUGUCCCAAGUUUGUCUGUCUUCAGAAUGUUUUUAUUCAUGUUAUAAUUUUAUUUUAUUUAUUUUAUGCGUCCCAUAGAUACACUGCAGAUGACUGCAGCUUUAUGUGUUAUGAAAGAAAUCUGGUUAAUUUGUUACUGUACAUUUAAGGCAUCUAUAGUUUUACCCUGUAGGUAGUAGAAUCUGUGUAACAGAUUAAUCAGGUGUAUUUGCACAUGAAUAGGUUGAUUGAAAUGCAUUGCCAAAUAGAUCUAGCCUUGGAGAAUUUUCAGUUUCUCAAUAUGCACUUUGGUCUGAUCACUGAGUAAGUUAAUAAUGGUGUGUGACAAAGUUUGUAUUAUAAUUACAAUGAGUUGUAUUUACAUGUGUGUAUAUUUGCAUAUUUUGCAUACAAAAUUACGUGGUCAAUGUCUACUCCCAACAGACCUAAGUUUUUUUUUUUUUUCCUUUGGUCCAUUGAAUCAAGGACGUGACUUGAAUGAAUAAUAAAAUAACUAACUUCAGUAAUAGAAGUCAAUGCAUUACGAAUGUCUUGUGGUCACAUACAUCAGGGCGUAUCAUUGUAUAUGUCUUUCUGCUGCUGUGGUACAUGUUGCACUAUUAAAACAAUAUAAAGCAGGAGAACCAUGAGUUUAAUUUGUGGUCAUUUUUACUUUAGGCAUAUAUUAUGAUCUUUUUUUGUUGGGGAUUGGUGUAUGAUGACAGUUCUAAAUUUUGAGUUUAACAAUGAAGAACAGCACAAAAUUGGGGUGAAAACUUUUUAUGUGAAGUUAGUCUUAAAUACAAACGGAGCCACUGAAUGCCUCGAUUUUAUGUUGAAUUUAGUGAGCCUUGCGAAGCAGUCAGAAGCUCAGGGCCUGGGCAAUGUUUCAUGCGCAUAUUUGGGACGAAGAAAUGAUAUGUAGUUUCUCAGUGCACGUAUCAUUUUGAGCGCACUUCUUGUCUUUACAAACGAAAACGACAACAUACCAAGACUAACCCCCAUGUAUAUUGUACCACUCGACGUACAUCUCUUCACAUUGUUAAAAAAAUUUAAAACAAAUUGGUUUGUGAAAACUGCUAGUACAUGUACAUACUUUUGAAUACGAGUAUACUGGGCUUUUGAGGCUUCUGUUUGUCUAGUAUCAUUUUGUAUGGGUUGAACUGCUGUUCCUUUAGGUGAGCCAUUUAAAAAGCAUUGUGUUCAAUCAGUGUAAACAAA